ACAGAAAGAUCCUGCAUCGUCCUUAUCAAAGCCUCCCGUAUGAAGCCAGCCGCACGCGAUCGGAUCGGUGGCAAGCGCCGCCGCGUCGGGACUGAUCGGCUGGGCGACAUGCCGGACUGCCUCCUGCAUGAUGUACUGUCCCACCUGGGCUCCCGGCAGGUGGUGCAGACCAGCGUCCUGUCGCGGCGGUGGACGCACCUCUGGCGCGACGUGGUGCGCGCCAACGUCGUCAUCGACGAGCGGGAGUUCGCCGGCAACAAGCGGGAGAGCUUCGAAGACUUCGCCGACCACGUGGUGCCGUCGUCGGUCCCGCCGGAGACGCCGCAUCUCGAUACCUUCCGCCUGAACUUGGUCAGACGUGGAACCUUCUGGCCCGGUUCCUUCGCCGACAGGGACAGGUGGAUCGGCCGCGCCCUCCACCGUGUCCCAGCCGCGGUCGACAUCCGCGCUGCCCACGCCGGUACCAUCUGCUGGCGGCCACACCGCUCCGACGCCACGGGUUGGUGUACCCGCCGCUUGACAACGCUGCGACUCGUGCGAGCCGUCCUGUCGCCGGACUUCCUGGAGUACGUUGGCACGUACUGCCCGGCGCUCGAGGACCUCCACAUCGAGAGCUGCCGGAUAAAGAACCACCUCGUCGUCGCGUCGCCCACGCUUCGCAGCCUCGCCUUCCUUGACCCCAUCGCCUGCGACCGCCUCAGCAUCACGGCUCCCCGCCUCGCCCACCUGCGUCUCGCCGGAUUCACGGCAAGGGCACUGCUAGAGGAGGAAUCUCUUGAUUUUGUGGUGCUCGAUAGCCUGAAAACCUUGAUCUUAGAAGGAUGCGAGGUUGGAGCCAAGUUUCAAGCUCUCACGGCCAUCCUCCCGAACACACCUAACCUCGAGAUGCUUGGAUUGCACCACUGCAGGUUUGUCCUAUAUCCCCGGAGGAACAAAGAGCAACAAGCUUCAAAAGGCCCGACGCCAGAUGUUUUCUGGUGCCAGAAGCUGAAAUCGAUACAACUCAAGAGCGGACAGGAAUAUCAGAGACACGUCGUUUUCGAUGUUUUAUCUAAAAUCUCCAAGGGAAUGCAGCUAGCGCAGUGGCUGCAGGUUAAGACAUCAUUUACGAUUGCCUAGAAUUGGCCCAGCUCAAUGAAAAAUGUUCAGGCCGUAGACCUCUAUAAGAAGUCCUCUUCCACAUCAUUUACGAUUACCUAGAAGACGUUUUAGAGAUUUUAACUGAACUAGGUGCACACCAUAAUGAGUGAAUCUAUACUAAAUACAUACCAAAAUAGAUGAAUCUAUAAAAGGCUAAA